UCCUCCUCUCUCCAUCGUUUCUAGCAAGCUAGCUAGAUAACUAGGAGAGCUACCUUGAAGUUUGGAGACUCAAAGUGGAUAAGGGGGAAACAGGCUGACGGAAAAUGGCAGACGUCGAGGGAGAGGGAAUUAAUUCGGUGGCACCUCCGUUAGUUCAGCCAUCCUCUCCUAACCGCUCCGGUGCCAGCCCAACGCAGGGCACCGGCAGUUGCCAAACGGUGACUACCGUAACGUCAGGCCCGCGACUGGUGCGGAUAGUCAAGUCUGACUCGGGAUAUGGCUUCAAUGUCCGGGGACAGGUUAGCGAAGGAGGACAACUACGGAGCAUCAACGGGGAAUUGUAUGCCCCGCUACAGCAUGUUAGUGCUGUUUUACCUGGAGGUGCAGCGGACAGAGCCGGUAUCUCGAAAGGGGACCGGAUUCUGGAAGUUAAUAGUGUGAACGUGGAGGGGGCGACCCAUAAGCAGGUGGUGGAUCUGAUCCGUGCGGGGGAGAGGGAGCUGAUGCUGGCCGUGCUGUCUGUACCUCCCCAGGAGGCUGACUGUCUGGACCCUGGAGACGACGGCUCAGCCCAGUCCUGCUACGACUACAGCGACAAACAGGCCGUCCCCAUCUCCGUCCCCACAUACAAACACGCUGAACUCAACCAGGAGAGGUUUGUGGUGUAUAAUGUGUACAUGGCAGGCAGACAGCUGUGCUCUAAGAGGUACAGGGAGUUUGCUAUCCUCAACCAGAACCUGAAGAGAGAGUUUGCCAACUACACCUUCCCCAAAAUACCUGGCAAAUGGCCCUUUUCCCUGUCUGAACAACAACUAGAUGCUAGACGCAGGGGACUGGAGGAAUACCUGGAGAAAGUGUGUUCAGUGAGGGUGAUUGGGGAGAGUGAUGUCAUGCAGGAGUUUCUGUCUGAUGAGUCUGAUGAGAACUAUAACGGCGUAUCAGAUGUGGAGUUGAGGAUAGCCAUGCCUGAUAAAACCACCGUCACAGUCCGAGUCCGCAAGAACUGUACAACUGACCAGGUCUACCAGGCUGUGGUCAUGACAGUAGGAAUGGACAGCAUAACGGCCAGCUACUUUGCUCUGUUUGAGGUCAUCAACCACUCCUUUGUGCGUAAACUGGCUCCUAAUGAGUUCCCCCACAAGCUGUAUGUUCAGAACUACACAUCUGCUGUCCCUGGGACCUGCCUCACCCUGCGCAAGUGGCUCUUCACCACCGAGGAGGAGAUCCUGCUCAAUGACAACCAACUGGCCGUCAGCUACUGCUUCCACCAGGCGGUGGAUGAUGUGAAAAGGGGAUUUAUCAAGGCAGAGGAGAAGUCCUACCAGCUACAGAAAUUAGCAGAACAGAAGAUGAUGGCCAUGUAUCUCAGUAUGUUACGGGGCUGUGAAGGCUACAAUGAGAUCAUCUUCCCACACUGCUCCUGUGACUCCCGACGCAAAGGCCACGUCGUCACAGCCAUCAGCAUACACCACUUUAAACUGCACGCCUGCACAGAGGAGGGAACGCUAGAGAACCAGGUGAUCGUGUUUGAGUGGGUGGAGAUGCAGCACUGGGACACUGAUGAGGAGGGCAUGGCCUUCUGCUUCCAGUACGCCAGGGCAGAGAAGAAACCUCGCUGGGUCAAGAUCUUUACUCCCUAUUUCAACUACCUGCAUGAGUGCGUUGAGAGAGUCUUCUGUGAACUCAAGUGGAGGAAAGAGGUGGAAGAGGAGGCUGUGGAUAAGGACAAUAAGAACUGCAGUAAAGAAGGUAUGUGUAGCAAGAAUAUCUUCCAGCUGUUGAGACACAGAAGGGAUGGAGGCACCUAGGAGGAGAGAUCAUCACCUCCUAAACAUGCUCUCCUCCAUCCAUCCCUCUGGUCUGGUUCGGCCCGGAACUACCACCACUACCUGUCCUCACACAACUACUACUACACCAACUACAAACCAACAACCUACAACUUCUACAUACCAAUAACAGCAACUACAGAUCAACAACCACUACACACCAUCAAACUACAAAUGAACAACUUCUGGACUGACUGACGGAGAAACAACGACGCACACUACAACUUAAGCUGUUAUUCACCAUGAACCCUUGAAUCCACCCCAAACACACAAUAUAAACACAAGCCAACAGGAAGCUACAGUAGAAACAUAUAGCAGGUUUAUACAGGUGAAUAAGUAACUCUAAAGACUUAGAUACAUGCCUUCAUACAUCGCGUCACCUCUUUGGUCAGAAAUCCAUGGAGACCUGUGACUAUUGGCUAAGGAGGCUGACGUCUUGUGGUGGGAUUGGAUGAAGGAGAUGGUUCUCUGGGCCGAUAUUGGACAAGGGAUUUGACACGUGCAAGGCCAUUGGGUGUUUUGUGGCCACCUUGGAGUGCUCUGGACUGGAACAGAGUGCAGUGGUAGAAGAGAACAAAAGAGGGAUACAGAUGCUGGAACAGAACCUGUUCUAAAGGAGGAAAUGGCUGGUGGUGAUGGAACAGAACCUGUUCUAAAGGAGGAAAUGGCUGGUGGUGAUGGAACAGAACCUGUUCUAAAGGAGGAAAUGGCUGGUGGUGAUGGAACAGAACCUGUUCUAAAGGAGGAAAUGGCUGGUGGUGAUGGAACAGAACCUGUUCUAAAGGAGGAAAUGGCUGGUGGUGAUGGAACAGAACCUGUUCUAAAGGAGGAAAUGGCUGGUGGUGAUGGAACAGAACCUGUUCUAAAAGAGGAAAUGGCUGGUGGUGAUGGAACAGAACCUGUUCUAAAGGAGGAAAUGGCUGGUGGUGAUGGAACAGAACCUGUUCUAAAGGAGGAAAUGGCUGGUGGUGAUGGAACAGAACCUGUUCUAAAGGAGGAAAUGGCUGGUGGUGAUGGAACAGAACCUGUUCUAAAAGAGGAAAUGGCUGGUGGUGAUGGAACAGAACCUGUUCUAAAGGAGGAAAUGGCUGGUGGUGAUGGAACAGAACCUGUUCUAAAGGAGGAAAUGGCUGGUGGUGAUGGAACAGAACCUGUUCUAAAAGAGGAAAUGGCUGGUGGUGAUGGAACAGAACCUGUUCUAAAGGAGGAAAUGGCUGGUGGUGAUGGAACAGAACCUGUUCUAAAAGAGGAAAUGGCUGGUGGUGAUGGAACAGAACCUGUUCUAAAGGAGGAAAUGGCUGGUGGUGAUGGAACAGAACCUGUUCUAAAGGAGGAAAUGGCUGGUGGUGAUGGAACAGAACCUGUUCUAAAAGAGGAAAUGGCUGGUGGUGAUGGAACAGAACCUGUUCUAAAAGAGGAAAUGGCUGGUGGUGAUGGAACAGAACCUGUUCUAAAGGAGGAAAUGGCUGGUGGUGAUGGAACAGAACCUGUUCUAAAAGAGGAAAUGGCUGGUGGUGAUGGAACAGAACCUGUUCUAAAGGAGGAAAUGGCUGGUGGUGAUGGAACAGAACCUGUUCUAAAGGAGGAAAUGGCUGGUGGUGAUGGACUGAGGAGACGCAUCUGAAAAGUUAUAAAACAGGAACUGUGUGUGUGUGUGUGUGUGUGUGUGUGUGUGUGGACUGAUUAUGGACAGGUGUGAGAGUCUAGGUUGGAACCCUGGAGGUAGAAACAACCCUUCUCUCUGACUCUGAACUGAACUCCCAGAAUGAGUCUAGACAGACAGACGGAGGGAACCGGCCACAUGGUACAAGAGACUGGACUCAUAUGAACCACACAGACCGAUUGACAUAUGGAUAUUAUCUCCUGUUUGUAGCCACUCUCUCCAUUUCAAAGAGAUCUACUGGAGAGGCUGUGAGAGAGAGAGACUAAGAGAGAGAGAGAGAAAAAAAAAAAUAAUACAUUUCCUUUAUUUGUGACUAUUAGGCCGAGCAGAACCAUGGGUAGCAUGUGUGUUUCAGCUGCUGGUUCUGUUUUGGUUUACAGAUGCUGAAAUUGCCCUGAAGCCAUUUUUGAAUACACAAACCUUCUCAUAAAACACACACACACAGAAUGCUCAUCAUGUAGGAAUUGGAUCCCAGGAAAGUAUUCUGCCAUCUUGACAGAUACCUGAACAAGGAACAUGUUUACUUCACCUGUGUGUUUUGUGUAAAGACAUAUAAAUAUAUAUAUAAAAUGACAUAUAUCAUUUUUAAUGUGGACAUUUCAGACAUUGGACAGAAUAGCACAAAAAGAACCCUGUAAGAUGUUGACCACAUUAAGCUCAAUAUGUAUUCAUUCUAUGCUAGCCUAAGCUUUCUGUUCUGCUGAUGCCUAACCAUGGGGUCUCAUGAAGACUAUUUAUACUGGGUUGUAAAUAACACUGAACUCAAAGUGCAUCUCGAUUUACAUGUUUUGUGUCUUUCUGUUCUUGAGAAAAAGUGUGAUGCUUUAGAAAACACAUUGUGAUUGUCAGUUUGUAGUUGAUAUAUUGGUCCUUGUGUAUCUGAAGAAGCUGCAGUGCUCAGAACGACCUGCAGGGGUCUCCCUCCCACUGAGAAACACUAGAUCAGUUCCUACAGAACAGGGCUGGCCAGUAUUCUAACAGAGGGCCGGUGUGGGUGCAGGCUUUUGCCCCAACCAAGCAGUAACACACCUGAUUCAAUAUCUGGUGGAUGUUAUCAUUGGAUGCUGAUGCAACACCACACACAUCUUUAAAUGCAGUGUUAACCUACAGCAGGGUUUCCCAGUGGUGUAGUAGGAGCUACACGGAGGUAUACGCUCUAAACCCCACAGAGGUUUAAACAGUGGUGUAGUAGGAGCUACACGGAGGUAUACGUUCUAAACCCCACAGAGGUUUAAACAGUGGUGUAGUAGGAGCUACACGGAGGUAUACACCCUAAACCCCACAGAGGUUUAAACAGUGGUGUAGUAGGUAUACGCCCAAACCCCACAGAGGUUUAAUCAGUGGUGUAGUAGGUAUGCGCCCAAACCCCACAGAGGUUUAAACAGUGGUGUAGUAGGAGCUACACGGGGGUAUACGCUCUAAACCCCACAGAGGUUUAAACAGUGGUGUAGUAGGAGGUAUACGCCCAAACCCCACAGAGGUUUAAACAGUGGUGUAGUAGGAGGUAUACGCUCUAAACCCCACAGAGGUUUAAACAGUGGUGCAGUAGGAGCUACACGGAGGUAUACACCCUAAACCCCACAGAGGUUUAAACAGUGGUGUAGUAGGAGCUACACGGAGGUAUACGCUCUAAACCCCACAGAGGUUUAAACAGUGGUGCAGUAGGAGCUACACGGAGGUAUACGUUCUAAACCCCACAGAGGUUUAAACAGUGGUGCAGUAGGAGCUACACGGAGGUAUACACCCUAAACCCCACAGAGGUUUAAACAGUGGUGCAGUAGGAGCUACACGGAGGUAUACGCUCUAAACCCCAUAGAGGUUUAAUCAGUGGUGUAGUAGGAGCUACACGGAGGUAUACGCUCUAAACCCCACAGAGGUUUAAACAGUGGUGUAGUAGGUAUACGCCCAAACCCCACAGAGGUUUAAUCAGUGGUGUAGUAGGAGCUACACGUUCUAAACCCCACAGAGGUUUAAACAGUGGUGCAGUAGGAGCUACACGGAGGUAUACGCCCAAACCCCACAGAGGUUUAAUCAGUGGUGUAGUAGGAGCUACACGGAGGUAUACGCUCUAAACCCCAUAGAGGUUUAAUCAGUGGUGUAGUAGGAGCUACACGGAGGUAUACGUUCUAAACCCCACAGAGGUUUAAACAGUGGUGUAGUAGGAGCUACACGGAGGUAUACGCUCUAAACCCCACAGAGGUUUAAACAGUGGUGUAGUAGGUAUACGCCCAAACCCCACAGAGGUUUAAUCAGUGGUGUAGUAGGAGCUACACGUUCUAAACCCCACAGAGGUUUAAUCAGUGGUGUAGUAGGAGCUACACGUUCUAAACCCCAUAGAGGUUUAAUCAGUGGUGUAGUAGGAGCUACACGGAGGUAUACGUUCUAAACCCCACAGAGGUUUAAACAGUGGUGUAGUAGGAGCUACACGGAGGUAUACGCCCUAAACCCCACCGAGGUUUAAACAGUGGUGUAGUAGGAGCUACACGGAGGUAUACACCCUAAACCCCACAGAGGUUUAAACAGUGGUGUAUUAGGUAUACGCCCAAACCCCACAGAGGUUUAAUCAGUGGUGUAGUAGGAGCUACACGGAGGUAUACGUUCUAAACCCCACAGAGGUUUAAACAGUGGUGCAGUAGGAGCUACACGGAGGUAUACGCUCUAAACCCCACGGAGGUUUAAACAGUGGUGCAGUAGGAGCUACACGGAGGUAUACGCUCUAAACCCCAAAGAGGUUUAAACAGUGGUGUAGUAGGAGCUACACGGAGGUAUACACCCUAAACCCCACAGAGGUUUAAUCAGUGGUGUAGUAGGAGCUACACGUUCUAAACCCCACAGAGGUUUAAACAGUGGUGUAGUAGGAGCUACACGGAGGUAUACGCUCUAAACCCCAUAGAGGUUUAAUCAGUGGUGUAGUAGGAGCUACACGGAGGUAUACGCCCAAACCCCACAGAGGUUUAAACAGUGGUGUAGUAGGAGCUACACGGAGGUAUACGCCCAAACCCCACAGAGGUUUAAACAGUGGUGUAGUAGGAGCUACACGGAGGUAUACGUUCUAAACCCCACAGAGGUUUAAACAGUGGUGUAGUAGGAGCUACACGGAGGUAUACGCUCUAAACCCCACAGAGGUUUAAACAGUGGUGUAGUAGGUAUACGCCCAAACCCCACAGAGGUUUAAUCAGUGGUGUAGUAGGAGCUACACGUUCUAAACCCCACAGAGGUUUAAACAGUGGUGCAGUAGGAGCUACACGGAGGUAUACGCUCUAAACCCCACAGAGGUUAAACAGUGGUGUAGUAGGAGCUACACUGAGGUAUACACCCUAAACCCCACAGAGGUUUAAUCAGUGGUGUAGUAGGAGCUACACGGAGGUAUAUGCCCAAACCCCACAGAGGUUUAAUCAGUGGUGUAGUAGGAGCUACACGGAGGUCCACACCCAAACCCCACAGAGGUUUAAUCAGUGGUGUAGUAGGAGCUACACGGAGGUAUACGUUCUAAACCCCACAGAGGUUUAAACAGUGGUGUAGUAGGAGCUACACGGAGGUAUACGUU